AAUAACAUCUCAGUUCUUUUUCUGGGAAAAUAAUUACUGGGUUUAAACAGACGAAGCUUGAGCUUUUGUCUGAUUGUGUUGGUUCAUCAAUGGAGGAUGGCGACGGUAGUUUCAGAACAGCGAGCAAGAGUAGUUUCGGGAUAGCGAGUUCAUCGCUAUGGAGGAAUACAGAUAUGGAUGUUUUCUCAAACUCCUUCCACCAGGAAGACGAUGAAGAAGCUCUUAAAUGGGCUGCUAUUGAGAAACUUCCGACCGUUGCUCGUUUGAGGAAAGGCUUGUUGACUUCACCGGACGGCGAGGCCAAUGAGAUUGAUAUACAUAAACUUGGGUUACAAGAAAGGAGGAGUUUGCUUGAAAGGUUAAUCAAAGUAAUUGAAGAGGACAAUGAGAAGUUCUUGCUCAAGCUCAGGAAUCGAAUUGACAGAGUUGGGAUCCAGAUUCCUACGAUAGAAGUUCGGUUUCAGCACUUGAAAGUCGAAGCCGAAGCUCACGUAGGAAGCAGAGCUUUGCCUUCAUUCUCCAACUUCAUCGUUAAUAUACUGGAGGGUCUACUGAACUUGGUUCACGUAAUUCCCAGUAAAAGACAACAUAUAAAUAUCCUGGAGGAUGUUAGUGGAAUAAUCAAGCCAGCGAGAUUGACGUUGCUUUUGGGCCCUCCAAGUUCUGGGAAGACAACGCUCCUGUUGGCUUUGGCUGGAAGGCUGGAUCCAAAACUUAAGUUCUCAGGAAAAGUGAAUUAUAAUGGUCAUGAGAUGAACGAGUUUGUGCCUCAGAGAACUGCAGCGUAUGUCAGUCAAAAUGAUCUUCAUGUCGGAGAAAUGACAGUUAGAGAAACCUUAGCCUUCUCAGCUAGAUGCCAAGGAGUUGGGCCUCGUUAUGACUUGCUAGCAGAGUUGUCAAGAAGAGAAAAGGAGGCAAACAUAAAGCCUGAUCCAGACAUAGACGUCUACAUGAAGGCAGUAGCAACAGAAGGCCAGAAAGCAAAUUUGAUAACAGAUUAUGUUCUAAAGAUUCUGGGACUGGAGGUCUGUGCAGAUACAAUUGUCGGAAAUGCAAUGUUGAGAGGCAUAUCUGGUGGACAAAGGAAACGUGUCACGACAGGGGAGAUGAUGGUUGGACCAGCUAGAGCUCUUCUCAUGGAUGAAAUAUCCACGGGUUUGGAUAGCUCCACAACUUAUCAAAUUGUGAAUUCAGUCAAGCAAUAUGUUCAUAUUCUCAAAGGGACCUCCGUGAUCUCACUACUACAGCCAGCACCAGAGACUUAUAAUCUCUUCGAUGACAUUAUUUUACUCUCGGACGGCCAUAUUGUGUAUCAGGGUCCCCGUGAACACGUUCUUGAGUUCUUUGAAUCAAUGGGAUUCAAAUGCCCUGAGAGAAAAGGCGUGGCAGACUUCUUGCAAGAAGUGACAUCAAGGAAAGAUCAAGAACAGUACUGGGCAGACAAAGAUCAGCCUUAUAGGUUUGUCACUGCCACAGAGUUUGCAGAGGCAUUUCAAUCGUUUCAUGUUGGGAGAAGAUUUGGAGAUGAACUGGCCACUCCUUUUGACAAGUCCAAGAGCCAUCCCGCUGCUUUAACAACCAAAAAGUAUGGAGUAGGAAAAAGGGAACUGUUAAAAGCUUGCUUAUCAAGAGAAUAUUUACUCAUGAAGCGCAAUUCGUUUGUCUACGUCUUCAAGGCUUUCCAACUUGCUUUUAUGGCAAUUAUUGCCAUGACCAUCUUCCUCCGGACCGAGAUGCAUAGGGAUUCAGUGACAGAUGGAGGGAUAUAUACUGGUGCAUUAUUCUUUGCUGUCAUUGUGCUUCUGUUCAACGGAAUGGCUGAGCUUACCAUGACAGUUUCAAGGCUUCCCGUGUUCUACAAGCAAAGGGAUUUUCUCUUCUUCCCUUCAUGGGCAUACGCUCUUCCUUCGUGGAUCCUCAAAAUCCCCUUAACGAUUAUGGAAGUGGGUGUUUGGGUAUUCCUCACAUACUAUGUCAUUGGAUUUGAUCCAAAUGUUGGAAGAUUGUUCAGACAAUUCCUUAUUCUCGCGCUUGUAAACCAGAUGGCUUCUGGACUAUUCCGAUUUAUCGCAGCAGUUGGUAGAGAUAUGACAGUGGCUCUCACAUUUGGAUCGUUUUCACUGGCUAUUCUUUUUGCCAUGGGUGGUUUUGUCCUGUCAAAAGAUAAUAUAAAGAAAUGGUGGAUCUGGGGAUUCUGGAUAUCACCGUUGAUGUAUGGACAGAAUGCCGUAGUGAAUAAUGAGUUCCUGGGGAAUAAAUGGAGCGAGGUCCUUCCUGGCUCAGCGGAACCAUUAGGAGUUCAAGUUUUGAAAUCUCGAGGAUUCUUUACGGAGUCAUACUGGUAUUGGAUUGGGGUUGGAGCAUUGGCUGGAUAUACAUUAUUGUUCAACAUAGGCUACAUAAUAUCUCUCACUUACCUCAACCCACUUGGAAAACAUCAGGCUGUGAAAUCAGAGCAGUCUCCAGGAACUGGGCAGGAUAAUGGUAGUAAUGGAGCUAGUCUACUGAAGGACAGAAAAUCUAGCUCGGUUCGCCACUCAAAGAGAGUGGGAGAUAAUCAAUUCACAAGGGGAGAAGCUGGUGUGGAGACAAAUCAUAACAGGAAAAGAGGAAUGGUUCUUCCUUUUGAACCACAUUCCAUUACUUUUGAUGAAGUAACAUAUUCUGUUGACAUGCCACAGGAAAUGAAGAGCCGAGGUGUUGUUGAGGAUAGGUUGGUGCUUUUGAAGGUUGUUAGUGGAGCUUUCAGGCCAGGUGUUCUCACUGCACUAAUGGGCGUCACUGGUGCUGGUAAAACAACUUUGAUGGAUGUACUUGCUGGGAGAAAAACAGGAGGAUAUGUUGGAGGGAACAUCACAAUAUCUGGAUAUCCAAAAAAGCAAGAAACAUUUGCUCGAAUCUCUGGAUACUGUGAGCAAAAUGAUAUCCACUCUCCUCAUGUUACCGUAUAUGAAUCCUUGCUCUAUUCAGCAUGGCUUCGAUUGUCGCCAGAUGUUAAUGCUGAAACUAGGAAGAUGUUCAUUGAGGAAGUCAUGGAACUUGUGGAACUGAAUCCAUUAAGGAAUGCACUGGUUGGAUUACCUGGUGUAAAUGGUCUCUCGACAGAACAGCGCAAAAGAUUAACUAUUGCAGUUGAACUAGUAGCUAAUCCUUCUAUAAUAUUCAUGGAUGAGCCAACUUCUGGGCUAGAUGCCAGAGCAGCUGCUAUUGUCAUGAGAACGGUUAGGAACACAGUAGACACUGGAAGAACUGUCGUAUGCACCAUUCAUCAGCCUAGCAUUGAUAUAUUUGAAUCAUUUGAUGAGCUUUUCCUAAUGAAGCAAGGAGGGAGGGAAAUAUACGUGGGGCCUGUGGGACACCAUUCUUCUCAAUUAAUCAGCUACUUUGAGGGAAUUCAAGGUGUCAGUAAAAUCAAAGAUGGGUAUAAUCCAGCAACAUGGAUGCUGGAAGUUACAAGCUCAGGAAAAGAAAUUGAAUUAAGGGUUGAUUUUGCUGAGGUGUAUAAAAAUUCAGAACUAUACAGGAGGAACAAAGAACUUAUUAAAGAAUUGAGCACUCCAGCUCCUGGUUCAAAGGACCUUUAUUUUCCAACUCAGUACUCACAAUCCUUCUUCACCCAAUGCAUGGCUUGCUUAUGGAAACAAUAUUGGUCUUACUGGCGCAAUCCUUUAUACACUGCCAUAAGAUUCCUCUUCUCAGCUUCUGUGUCUGUCUUGUUUGGGAGCAUGUUCUGGAACCUUGGAUCCAACAUUAAAAAGCAACAGGACAUUUUCAAUGCGAUGGGAUCCAUGUAUGCUGCCGUUCUAUUUCUUGGCAUUAAGAAUGCUAAUGCAGUCCAACCCGUGGUGGCUGUUGAGCGAACAGUCUUUUACCGGGAAAGAGCUGCCGGAAUGUAUUCGGCUUUGCCGUAUGCUUUUGCACAGGUGUUGAUUGAACUCCCAUAUAUUCUUCUACAGGCUGUGGUGUACGGCAUUGUAGUUUAUGCAAUGAUUGGCUUUGAGUGGACAGUCACAAAAGUCUUUUGGUACCUAUUCUUCACAUAUUUCACCUUCCUGUACUUCACCUUCUAUGGCAUGAUGUCCGUGGCAAUGACUCCAAACCAGCACGUUUCCUCUAUAGUUUCAUCUGCAUUCUUUUCAAUAUGGAAUCUCUUCUCAGGAUUCAUUAUUCCAAGACCAAGGAUCCCAGUAUGGUGGAGAUGGUACUACUGGGCAAAUCCAGUAGCUUGGAGCUUGUAUGGAUUGGUAGCAUCACAAUUUGGAGAUGUAAAGGACCCUAUUCAGUCCAAUGGCUCAGGUUCAACAGUGGAAGAAUUCCUGAGAAAUUACUUUGGUUUCAAGCAUGAUUUUCUUGGAGUGGUUGCAGCUGUGGUGGUUGGAUUUGCUGUAGUGUUCGCUCUCAUCUUUGCUACAUCCAUAAAGAUGUUUAAUUUUCAACGACGUUAAGAAGAAGCUCAUACCACUUCCACUGUAAAGAAUCUUGGGCAAGAAUAUUUGGGGCAAAAGUAGGCAAACACCUAGUUCACAGCAUUCUUUUUUUGAUUUUUGGUUGCAACUAAAUGUAUCAUAGCCUGUAGGAUUUACAAUCUAUCAAUGUAAUGAACUUCUCAACAGUUCCUUCCAUUC